GAGAGAGAGAGAGAGAGAGAGAGGCAUUGAGGCAAUGACUCAUCUUGGCAAUUUUUUUUUUUCGAUUGUGUCUCUAAUAGGCCUACUUAGGGAGAUGGAUUAGGAACAGACUUUGAUUCAUGCAGACUUUAACUCAUUAUUUGUCACAAAAAAAUGUGGUUUGAUAACAGGCUGUAGCGGCAAAAAACGUCACCACUGCUAUUUAUUUAGUCAUAACUUGUCUCUGUGUAACACAGCAGGUGGCGCCUUGAUGUCACAGCUGCGAUUUCAUUCAUCCCGAUGUCUUCACUCACAGCUACAUAUAGCAAGCUGUUGCAGGCAGCACAAGGGCAGAACAGCUGUUAUAGUGUUGCCCGGCAAAUAACUCUCUGAGAAGUAAAAUACCUUUAUUUCAUUCCAAGCUUUAUUGUUCGACUAGUUUCAUGAGGACGCAUUUUACUCGAAGUGUAUAAUGGAAAAGGACCAACAGCCACCGACUCAGUACGGCUCAUUGGACCGAACAAAACUAGACGAGGAGGCGUGCAGUAAAGGGGCUGAGAGCAUCGUCUCCAUGGCCGACACCUCUGUCACGGUGGACGACCUUGAGGGGGAACUGUUCAAGAUCGAGAGGAUUCGGGACAUCCUGGUGCGGCGAGAGUCUGAGCUGAGAUACAUGAUGGACGACAUUCAGCUCUGUAAGGAGAUCACCAGACUCAAGAAGGAGCUGCAGAAAUUAAUCCCUAUCCCUGACAAGGACAAAACUAAUGAGGACCGGCAGAAAGAAGAGAAGCUGCUGCAGCAGAUUCACAAGCUGGUGGAGACGCGAGACUUCUUGGUGGAUGACGUGGAGUUUGAGCGACUGAGGGAGAGAGAGGAAGACAAAGAAAUGGCUGACUUCUUGAAGGCUAAAUUUCCCAUGAGCUACAGGAAGAGCAAUGCUCCCAAAGACCAAAAACUGACCCCCAGUGCUCUGUCUCAGCAGGCCUCCUCUCCGUUCUUCACAAAAACAGGGCUGACGCUCUUUAAAGAGUGCUGUGGGUUCACCUGCUCUAUCAUGUAGAGCAAGAAAGACGCAUAGAGCAAGAGGGAGUGUGUGUGUGUGUGAGAGAGAGAGAGAGAGAGAGAGAGAGAGAGAUA